AGACUCAUUUUCAUUGAGAAUACUGUCAUAGUGAGUGCGGACACCAGGUCGGUGCUUAAUCCGACAAUACGAUUUUAUUGCGCGUGCAAGGACCCGUCCUCGAGGAAACGUUACGCAUCAGAAAGUAUAGCGUUUCUUCAGCUGUUAAAGUAUUCAUGGAGAGUGUCGCCUUUACCUUCAGCAGGCGUCGGUUACUUCGAGACGGAUUGAAAUUUCAUGCCGGGUCCCAAUUUUCUCGACUGGCCAAACCGUGAACAUAAAUGCCUAGAACAGAGAAGACGCCACGAACUUCCAAUGUGAUGCAUCUUUACGAUAGGAAAAUUACUCGACUAAGAUGGGUAAUAAGCAAACGAUAUUUACUGAUGAACAGCUAGAUGCCUAUCAGGAUUGCACUUUCUUUACCCGCAAGGAAAUCCUUCGUUUGCAUGGACGAUACCACGAGCUGGCUCCACAUUUGGUUCCCAUGGACUACACCAACGACCCUGAUGUUAAAGUCCCUUUAGCUCUCAUAGUCAACAUGCCAGAACUGAAGGAGAACCCUUUCAGAAAUCGGAUUGUGGAAUCGUUCUCCGAGGACGGCCAGGGGAACCUCAGCUUCAAUGAUUUUGUGGACAUGUUUUCGGUUCUCAGCGAAAUGGCCCCCAGAGAACUAAAGGCCAUUUACGCUUUCAAAAUAUACGACUUUAAUGUGGAUAAUUACAUCUGCAAGGAGGACUUAGAAAAAACGUUAAACAGGCUAACAAAGGAGGAGUUGACACCGGAGGAGGUUAAUCUGGUGUGUGAGAAGGCCAUCGAGGAGGCCGACCUGGAUGGAGAUAACAAACUCUCCUUCGCUGACUUUGAGAACAUGAUUUCCAGGGCUCCUGACUUUUUAAGCACCUUCCAUAUACGAAUCUAAAUGGAAGAUACUGUUGCCGAGGUCGAUAACCACAAACUGAACAGAUGGAUCCACAUUAAAGGAUGUAUAGCCUAUCUACAACUGUUUUCCUUGCGUUGUUGAAACCGGAAGCACACUUGACUGGAUUACCGACAAAUGCAUGACUGUUUUUCACCAGUGGAAAGCGUUAAACGUUGGUUCAGAAAUCCUGUCGCUUUCUCAGAGAGAGGAUACGGCGGAACGGCGAGGAUUUGGGUUUGACCCGCUUUUGGAUUAAAACUACGGAGCAUAAAAUCGCUUAUAUGGGCUUCUACAAAUGUUCGUCUCAGUCUGUGGCACAUCGGACACAACUUCGAAUGGCUCGUGUUUGGGAUGCAGGAGGUCACAGGACAUUGUUUAUCCAGGAAUGGAUGGAGGACAAACCAGAGAGUGAGAGAGGGCUACAAGCACAGCACUGGCAUUACCGUAAACAAGUGUUUUUUACAGCUAUGCAAUCUUUAUCCAUCGAGUGCAUGAAUUAGAUUAUGUUCCCCACCUUUUGUGUCCUCGUAACAACAGCUUUGCCAUUUCAACCUCUUUAAGUAUGCUUAUCGAACUGGAGCAUGAUGACAAUCAUAUCUAAAUGUUCUCCAGUUGAAUGAAGGGCUCCGUUAUCUUUCUCUUAUCGUCUUAUAUGUAUUUGUUUUGUCCGCAGAUCCCUUGUGUUCCCUCUGUCUGAACUUGAGGUAUUAGCAUCAAACUGUCUCUUACCCUUGACUUUUUUUCAGCAUUUGAUGUGAUA